GUUCAAUGGGCGUCUUUCAUUCGCAGCGCAACCAACGUCAAGCCCUCAAUCUGCAAUAUACGAAAGUCUGCCGGACUGUCGCCGUCGGUCAUUAGCAGAUUGUAUGGAACUUCCCAAAACACGACUAGCCAAAUAACAAGUCGCGACGCGGUUCCGAUCUACAAAAGCAGCUACCACAUUCACAGCACACAAGACCAAGAGGGUCCGGGCCACCGUUACAGCAGAGGCUAUCAUCAAGCCGGGAGAGGCCUCUAUGUUUAAGGGGACCGGCAGGGGUCAACUACUUCAACUACGGACGAGUCGUCUCAUUUUGCACCACUCAAGCCACCAAUCGGAGUUUGAUUCGAGGUUCAUCACAGUUCGCCAGUAACAUUGAUCACAAUGUUUCUGACAUGCUCACUCCCCCUCCUUCCUCCUCCACCAACGUCCCUGCUCCCGCCUCUCACGACUUCAUUCUCGUCCGAGGCCUCUUCGACGGCGUCCCAUCAACAUCCUCACCAACAUCCGUCGUCCUCUCGCCGCCCCAAACCUCACCAUACAAACAUCAACAGCCGGAACAACACACUCGUCACUCUUUCUUCUGAUGAGCGAACCAUCUCCCAACGGAAAAUGGCCAUUGCGAUGUAUGGCUACAGUUGGCUCAAGCCGGCAGGAUGUGCCAAGACCAUGCUCGGGAGACGGGAGGAAGAAGUCGAAAGGGAGGAAGUCGAAAGGCAGCUGAGAGAGGUGGAACUCCAGGAAAGGCUAGCGCAAGAAGCGGAAGAGCAGGAAAGGCUGGCGAGGCUUAACGAGAUGGGGGAGGGUGAAAUGGAUGAAGGGGAGCGGGAUUUAGAUGAGGAUAUUCCGGACGCCGAUGAGGCGGACAUGGAUGGGGAGGAAGACGGAGAGAGUGAGGACGAAGAUGGCGAUGGAAUUGAUGAGGGUGAAGAUGACGAGGCGAUGCAAGCCGAUCUUGACGACGACAUACCCGAUGCGGAUGACCAGGACGACGACGACGAAGACGACGACCCAAUGUCGCCUGACCCAGCGGGCGCGGAUGGAAACUGGGUUUACGACACCCGUCGGGAGCCGGAUACGGACGAUGAAGAACAAUUACCCCAUCCGCAUCCAACCAGGCGCCAUUCCUCUGGUCGUGCUGCGGCUGGGAGGUAUGGUAGGCAUGCAACCGUUGCUGGUGUGCGCCUCCCAGUUCCAGGAAGCGAAUAUGGCUACGAUGAGCGGGACGCUGAAGACUUAGCGGACGCUAUGCUCGCUCACAACGAGAUCUUUGACGACCGCGCUACUGAAGGCAGCAGUGCUGCCAACAUUGAGCAUGAUCUAGAUGACGAUGUUCCUGAGGCAGAGGAUGAUCAAAUCUGGGAACAUACCGACACCGAGCUCGAGGAGAGCGAGAUGGAUAUCUCAAUUCUUCCCGGUCAAGGUGCAGGCCCAAUUGUGCCCGGAAUGGCUCAAGCUCAGAAUCUACGGCCUCUUCGCAGUUCCGACCGCAUUUCGGUGCCUCGAAGUUCCGGUCCAUGGAUUACGGGACCUUCGCCCUCGCCUCACGUACCUGGAGAGAUAAUCACUCGACGUGGAAUGCACGCCAGGCCCACUCCCGAUGCUGCCACCCGCGCCGCAAGGAUUGUAUCGGGCAACCGGCAACGUCAUUACCAUCCUGGUCUCCCGAAUACGCGGCAUCAGCUCAACCAGACGCCAGCGAUGCUGGAUAGUCCGCUUGACGUCGAUGAGGAAGAAGUUGACACCGAUGUCGAACUGGAUACCCCUGAUCCCUUUGCCGCCCCCAGAAAUCUGAGAGAUGGAGCUGCUGGCCGAAUGGCUGGACCAGAGACAACGGGCAGGGACGCUGCACCCCGACCCGCAGAAGACGAUAACAACAACCAUAGCCCAAGUCGCGCCGCAGCAGCGCGUAACUGGCUCGAUGGAGCAGCAGCAGCCGUUGUCGGAGGCAGCGGAAGCGCAAGGAGAACAUUGUUUCACCGUGCGACGAGGAGAAGAAACAACGUCGAGCCUGACGCGAUGGCAGCCUCUGGUGCCGUGCAGGCUGCCCCCGGCGGCGCCUCGAGUGGCGGACUCUUCACACCCUCUCCGCACAUCGGGGGUGCCGGGUCUGGUCGCGUUCAGGACCGCCCGGGCGGAACAGCACUGGAUUGGGAUACACCUGUGAAUGCGAAUGCAAUGGGGGGCGCAGGUGAGGGGCCGUCCGGUCAAGGUCCAGACCAGAGAGGACGGGGAAGACGCACAGGCCGCUUUCUGGGCGCGCGCAGACGAGCAGAGUAACACCAGGGAAUAGAAAGCUGGGGGAUGAUGAUAUUGGGAGGGCUGGAUCCCUAUGUGGCAUCUGUUAUGAUAUGGAGUCUUCUGACGAGCUCCUCCGGCGCAAAGCUCCUCCGGCGCAAGGUCAGUCUGUGGCUUGUCGGCACCGACUCCAGGCCUCAAGGGUAUCAUUCAAGAAAGACUCCAUUUUACAUGUACAAAUUCCUCUCGCCCUCCCAAAUCAACUCGCACUACUUCACAGAUGUACUUGGGAGAUCGGACACGAGCGUCGCAGACUGCGCGGCGCCGAUAUCACGAGCACGCUAAGACCAGACGAAUUAAAAGGUCC